UACACAUACUUUGUCUUUUCAUAUACAUUUGAUCUUAGUUUCUGUUUGUGAUCUUAGUUUCUGUUUGUGAUUUCUUGGGAAAGUGUUAAUUAUGAUUUAUGAGAAUAAUAGUAAUGGGUUUGUUUGGUUCAUUUUCAUGGUGAUUGGUUUAGGUAAGUUCUUGGUCCAUGGGGAUAAUUCUUGGUUUGAUGCUCAUGCAACUUUCUAUGGAGCUGAUCAAAACCCUACUAGUCUUGGAGGAGCAUGUGGUUACGACAACACGUUUCAUGCCGGAUUCGGAAUAAACACGGCAGCCGUGAGCGGCGUACUUUUCAGAAGGGGAGAGGCCUGCGGCGCUUGUUUCCUAGUAAUGUGCAACUAUAACGCAGACCCCAAGUGGUGUCUCCGCCGCCGUGCCGUCACCGUCACCGCCACAAACUUCUGCCCGUCCAAUAACAACGGCGGCUGGUGCGACCCCCCUCGGUCCCAUUUCGACAUGUCGUCACCUGCUUUCCUUACUAUUGCUCGUCAAGGCAACGAAGGCAUUGUCCCUGUCCUUUACAAGAGGGUAAGUUGUAAAAGAAAAGGAGGGGUCCGAUUCACAUUGAGAGGGCAAUCAAACUUCAACAUGGUGAUGAUAUCAAAUGUCGGAGGAAGUGGCGAUGUGAAGGCUGCAUGGGUAAAAGGGUCGAAGAUGAGGAUGUGGACGCCCAUGCACCGAAAUUGGGGAGCAAAUUGGCAAGCUAACGUCGACCUUCGAAACCAAAGAAUGUCAUUUAAGCUAAGUUUACACGAUGGAAGAUCAUUGGAGUUUGUCAACGUUAUUCCUUCCUCUUGGAGGUUCGGGCAGACAUUUUCGUCCAUGCUUCAAUUCUCCUAGCUAGGGUUCUUUCACAACUUCACCGGUUCACCAAAGAGUAAUCUUUGUAACUUGUUAUGUUAUAUUAUGAUCAUUCUUUUUUACAUGUCUGUUGUUCAAAUUUCUAUGAUAAGUUGAAAUUGAGUUGAAGUUUUUUUUUU